AUGUUAGAUGAAGUUGUCGAUAGGGUUGGAGAGGAGAAUGUUGUGCAAUUGGUGACUGACAAUGCUGCUAACUACAAACUAGCUGGAGAGAUGUUGAUGCAGAAGAGAAAGUGCCUGUUUUGGACUCCAUGUGCUGCCCAUUGCUUGGAUUUGAUACUUGAGAAUUUUGAAAAAAAGAUUAAGGACCAUAAGUACACAAUUGCAAAGGGGAAGAAGAUUACAACGUUCAUAUAUUCUAGAGCUAUGCUUUUAAAUUGGUUGAGGGAUUUCACUAAAGGGAGGGAAUUGAUUAGACCUGCUGCCACUAGAUUUGCAACAUCAUAUUUGACAUUGUCAUGCCUUAAUGAGUUCAAAGGAGAAUUGAUGGCAAUGUUUUCUUCUGAACAAUGGAGGUGUAGUAAAUUUGCAAAAACAAAAGAAGGGAAAAGAAUUCAUGCCAUAGUUAUGGAUAACAAUGGCUUUUGGCAACUUGUUGUCAAAUGCUUGAAGGCCGCAAUACCCCUUUUAAAGGUGCUUCGCCUGGUUGAUUCUGAUACACCUCCAAUGGGAUUCAUUUAUCAAGAAAUGGAAAAAGCAAAAGAAGAAAUACAGAAAAAUUUCAAUAAUGUUCAAAAGAGUUACAAAGAGAUAUGGGAUAUUAUUGAUGAUCGAUGGGAAGUGCAACUUCAUAGGCCUUUGCAUGCUGCGGGAUACUAUUUGAACCCUUCUAUUCAUUAUGAUCCUUCUUUUGAUCCGGGUUCAGAUAUUAAAUUAGGACUAUAUACGUGUCUUCAACGAAUGGUUCCAGAAGUUAGUGAUAGGAAAAAGAUAGAUAUGCAACUUGAAAAAUUCAAACAAGCAAAGGGGCUCUUUGGUAUUGAAGCUGCCAUACUAGCCAGAGAUACCAAACAGCCAGCUGAAUGGUGGGACUCAUAUGGAGAUGAUUGUCCUGAAUUGAAAAAAUUUGCUAUAAGAAUAUUGAGCUUAACAUGUAGCUCAUCUGGUUGUGAAAGAAAUUGGAGUGCGUUUGAAAUGGUACAUUCAAAAAGGAGAAAUCGCUUACACCAGAAAAAAAUGAAUGACUUGGUCUUUGUUAUGUACAACUUGAAGAUAAAACAAAAAAGAGCUAACCAUUGA